CUUUCCUCCCCCAAUUCGAAAUUCAACUAAGAAAAACAAAAUUUUAUCACCACCAAUUAUAUUCGUUUAAUUGAAGAUGCCGGUCCGACCAACAGGAGGAAUGAAACAAGAGUGGGAGCCAGUCGUGCUCCACAAGCCAAAGAAAUCACAAGACCUAAGGGAUCCAAAGGUUGUAAACCAGGCAUUGCGAACCGGAGCACAGGUUCAAACGGUGAAGAAAUUCGACGCCGGUUUGAAUAAGAAAACGACUGCCGCUUCCGCUGUCGUUAAUGUUAGAAAGCUGGAUGAGGCGGCGGAACCGGCGGCGCUUGAGAAAGUACCGGUGGAGGUAAGGCAAGCUAUACAAAAGGCGAGGAUUGAGAAGAAGAUGAGCCAAGCUGAGUUGGCGAAACAGAUCAAUGAACGGCCACAGGUUGUUGCAGAGUAUGAGAAUGGUAAGGCCGUUCCUAAUCAAUUGGUGUUGGCCAAAAUGGAGAAGAUCCUUGGUGUUAAACUUAGAGGUAAAAUUCACAAGUGAGCGUUUGUAUGAGAUUGCCAAGUUCAUGGUUGUAUUGUUAAUAACUUGUGGAUUAUCCAGGAUUUCGUGUUCUGAACUGAUUAAUCGUCUUGUAACUGUUUAGAAGCUGUGGCUAUGUAAAAAAAUAUGGUGUAAUGUGUUCAUUUUAGUGAAAAAUGGUAGUACUCUCUUUCAAUUUUAAGUGGUACUAGUACUGUGAUCUAUUAAGCAUUUUGUAAUUGUUUAGAAGUUGUGGCUCUGUAAAGAAAUAUAAAACCUUCUUAGCUUA